AUGUUCUUAUCAACAAUGAUGUACCUACUCUCCCUCUUCAUCUUAUUCACCUCAAUAUCAGCCCUACCUUCUCCCGAUUCCGAUGCUACACCCAACGCCGUGGCGGACUCAAGCGUAGCAGGGGUAGAUCAAGAUUGCGUAUUGGCAUGUUCCCACUGGGCAGUGACGAUGGGUUAUUGUAGAGGUCAAUUUGGUGAUUUGUCCCAACAGCAGAAUAUAACAUAUACCAACUCGUUCCUCUCCUGUCUAUGCGCCGGAACGAAUUCGACGGGUACCCUGGGUAGCGAGUUGAUGGCUGAUUCGGCAAGUUUCUGCUUGGGGUGCGGAACGACUCCUAAGAAGAUCAAAGAUAAUUUAGGGCAAUUCCUAGGUUUAUGUCAAGUCCAAUCAUCAAAUGGGACAGCCACAAACGCAACUGAAUUUAUGCCAAUCGGAUAUACAACUUCCAACGAUCGUUCUAAAGAUGCUGUCACUGGAUCUCAAAGUAGAUUAUAUCAUCUUGAUAUGGGUCUUUUGGUAGGAUUGGUUGUUGGUGGGAUUUGGUCGAUCAUCUGA